AUGUCACUGCUUGAGUUCAUUACCGAUACAUAUGAGCAGAAUGUUAGCCGACAAGAAACAUCACCAGCGAUUCAAUCUGAAGUGGAAGGCACUCCAAGAAUUGCCAAGAGUCGUGGUCAUCCUGCAAACAUCCGGAGCCCAUACUUGGAUUCGCAUGGCAGUCAUGACAUAAAACUGCAUAUUGUUCGAUCCUCUGGACAUCGAACCAUCGCAAAUAUAGUGGGUAAAUGGUUUCCAAGGCAAGAUGACGAGGACUGCACCGAUAUGCACCGUGCAUCGAUAUUGUGUCUUCUAAAACCAUGGAGAAAUCUGUCAAUGUUAAAGGGAGAUGGUUCAUGGGCAUCAGCAUAUGAGCUGUUUGUACAACAAUUGGAACCUAAGAAGGCAGCAAUUAUUGGAAAUGCGCAGUUCUACCAUGAAUGCAAGGAUUCGGCAAUGCACACAGCUGUCUCACAAGUAGGCUCUUCAGGCCAUGUGAGAGACAGUGAUGAGGAGAUGGAGGCAGGUGGGGAAGAAAUUGGAGAUAGGGAACCUAUGGUGGGAGGUGACUUGACAGAGGCCAGUCUGGAAGAGUUCUUGCAUGACAAAGCUUGGACUCGCAAAGUACUUCAUGGCGAACAUGCAGUAGAAUGUGCAAGUGCAGCACAAGUGUUCAAGUCAAUGUCGGACUCUUGGGACAUGGAGGCAACGUUAACAUCUGUUACACAUGCGGACUUGGAGAAGGUUGCAUGCUGGAAGGAAGCAAUGAAACGUGGAGAUGAAAGCACUGCAAGUGAAGGACCAGAAGUACAAAGAGAUGAUAUAGGGAGAGUGGAGUCACUCACAGAUAGGGCAUACAGCUGUCGUGGAGGAGCAGAUGGGGGAGUGGAACUUCUGAAUAGUUCAGAAGCCUUUCGACCAUCUGCUGCAGUUGACACAUCCCAUCUUCGGAAGGACCAACGAAGAGCAUAUGACAUCAUAACCACACAUGGUCAGAAUAACAUCAAUGGUGGAAGGGGAGAGCAUCUCUUGAUGUUGUUGUUAGGCAAGGGGGGAACAGGCAAAUCUGUUGUGAUUAGUAUGGUGACAUCGUUCUUCGAGGUGCAAGGAAAGGGAGACAUGCUGGUGAAGGGAGCAUACACUGGCAUCGCAGCCUGUCACAUUAGUGGACGCGCCUUGCACUCAUUAAUCGGUAUGCCUCGGAGCAAACAACAGAUGCCAUCGUCCGAGCAGAUUAAGAUGUGA